AGUCUGAGAGAGAGUACAGUAGAUUAUGCUUUUUUUCCCCUCUGAACUGAUUCUUCACACUUCUAGUGUUAAAGAUAGUUCAUUUUAAAUAGGUGAGUCAUUGACCUCUUAAAUUGGGGAGAAAGUUUGGUAUAAUAGAAAUAUUCUCUAUAUUUAAAGUCCUGUAUUGUGAUCUGUGGGUUGAGGUUGGAAUUUUUUUUUUUUGUUGUUUUUUUUCCUUCCCCGCUGGGGUUUAUAAUUAUGGUUGGAGUUGAUUAAUCUCUCCACUAUCUUCUCAGGUCACCACAGAUUUACUCACAUUACUCAUUCCUAUUGCUCAACAUAAGGUGGUUUUGUUUUAAUUAAGUUAUAAUUGAGUGGGAGGGGCUUACAGUAGGUAAUACCUGUAGCAGGAGGGGUUUAAUCUGUAUUGGGUGUGUCUUACCCUCUGGGUCAGGCUUAGUAACAAAACAGCAGGUAAAUAAAUAUAAUUGAGUAGAUAUUUUCUACACUCUGCAGUAGUAAGACCCUGUGAACCACCUCAGCUUCAACUGAAGAGACCAGAUUAAGGAGCAUCCCAUCCAGGAUGAAGAUUUUAAUCGUUCUAAUCAGCCUGAUCACACUCUCCUGCACUCUUCCAGUAAUUCGCACAAAAGCAAGGCCUCGUCGCCAGAUAUCAUUUGGUGGCAUGUUCCCGUUCUUCAGACCAAUCAUGGGAAUAAACCCUCGGCUCAACAACGUCAACCCAGUGAUCCACAUCCCAGAUCCACCACGGCCUAGACCUUCAACCAAUACAGCCACCACAUAUUCCCAACUGAGGCCCCCAGACUGUAGAGUUAAAGAUCCCCAGAACCCCCAGAACCCUGGCGCCUUGUUCCUCAUCCCGUCAUCUGACCCCAGGGGCAGCCCCCAGGCCUUCCUAAUCCCAUCUCUCUCAGGCAACCAGAACACUUCCAACUCUUUUCCCACUCAAAUCUUUGUCCUUCCACCAUCUUCAGGUCAGAGCUUUGGGCCGGGGAGUGGACAGCUAGUACCUCCCAUUAGACCAGAGUCCAGCUCCACCCUGUCUGGAGGACAAGCGCCCGUCAUCGUUGUCCCCGGGGUCUUUCUCGCCGCGCCGGACAACCGGCCAGCCGGAGGAGUCUCACCGUGGAGUGGACAGUAUCCAGGCAAGGGUGUACCGUACCAAAACGGGGGUCCACCGUUCACAUCGGGGGGUGGCCAGUACCCAGCUGGAAAUUCACAGUACCCAACUGGGGCUGGCCAGUACCCAAACGGGGGUGGGCAGUACCCUGCCGGUAAUACACAGUACCCAAACGGGGGUGGGCAGUACCCAAACGGGGGUGGGCAGUACCCUGCCAGUAAUGGGCAGUACCCUGCCAGUAAUGGGCAGUACCCAAACGGGGGUGGGCAGUACCCAGCUGGAAAUUCACAGUACCCAAGCGAGGGUGGACAGUACCCACCUUGGACUGGACAAUACCCAUCUACAGGUGGCCAGUACCCACCUGAGCAGGAAGAUGCACCUGGUUCAGGGGGGUUAAAGAACUGGCAGUGAAGCCCUGGCUGAUUAGGGUGUCUACAGCUAUACAGACACACCUGAGAAUAUAUACCCACAAUUAUAGAUCAUAUUGUUUGAUUUAUAUACUUUAGAUUUUAUGCUGCAUUCUAUUUGAACUCAGAUUUAACUAAAAUAUCCACACAAGUUAGAUUUCCUCUUGUUAAGUUCAGAGAAUCUCACCAACCUUGAGUUCAGAAUCCAAGAUGGCCGCUCAUCAUAUCAACAGUAGUACAGCAGCAGUCUUAUACAGUUUAUUAUCAAUACUAUCUAUAAGUGUAUUAUUACAUCUUAGGUCUUACACAUUACUGUUCAACUUCUGUCUGUGGAGAUUAGUACAUGCUGUUUAAAUGCAUGAUGUACUGAUUCAUGCUUUAUUAACUGGUAACAGCUAACAAUGCUAAUUUAGGGCAAUGCUAACAUGGGAUGUAAAUAAAGGCUCUUUAAAUUUAAAUUUGCCAUAAAACACUGGUAAAAGCUAUUUUAAUUCAGGUUGGUAAACUCCAGUCUUUAGUUUUAAAACAUCACUCCCGCCUCCAACAUCCAAAUAAAAUGCAGUAUUCUUUUAUUUAAUUUUCAGUCCAGGAUUUAAUGCCCCGCCCCCUUGUGGUUACAAUAGUUUUAGUAUUACUGAUACAGCGAGUUUUUAUUUUGUAUUUUUUUUUUUGUGUCUAUCUUCAAGAUGAGUAAUAAAAGCUAAAUUUGGGAAUCUGCUCUCUUGUACUCUAAUCACUUAAAUUUAGGAUCCUAAAAUUUAAGGUUAGAAAUUCUUUAGUUGCUAAACUAGAAAUAUUUAAAAUGUAAAAUUUUAAAUAUUAAAUAAAAUUUUCUCUCAAAUGUAUGUACUUAAAUUCACUAAAUGUAAAAAAAAAUUAUAAAAAUAAAUGUUGUAUUUUUAAGAAUUGAUACUAUUGAUAAUAUUGAAAAAACGAAAAAAAAAAACCUUUAGUAAAUGAAUACAUUUUAUAUGCCUAGAGGAAACCAGUAUAGCACUUCCAGUGUUUACCAUCUAAUGUUUUUUAUUGUGUUUUAUUGACUGUAUUUUAAUGAACAAUACAUGUUUGUCUAUUUUAAUUGUUGUUUUUUGCUCUUGUGUGUGUGUAAGGAGGGGGAUCAUAAUCAAAAUUCAUAAUAAAAUAUUUAAUCUCAGUUUUGUUGCAUAAAUCAAA